CCCUCCCCUGGUAUUCUUCCUGGUACACCCCCGUUUGUAAGUGGAAUCGUCCAUUAAGGCUUCUAGCGGUGAACGGACCUUGUCCCCUGAGCACUGUUUCUUCAACCCUAAAUAUUUAAACAAGCCUAACAAGAAUCACUUCUCUCUCUAAGAUGGCAUCUGAAGACUUCAUCAUCCGCCCUGCCCGACCUGGAGACUGUAAAGAGAUCGCCCGCAUCAUCAAGGAGCUAGCGGAGCACCAAGGACUGGGCGACAGAGAGACAGUUACGGAAGAAGCGUUGCGUGAGGACGCGUUCAGAGACAAGCCUUACUUCAGGGCGCUCGUAGCGGAGCUCCCCGGUACUGCAGCAGACGGCGAAGUCAGUCUAGCCGGCUAUGCUAUGUACUAUUUCUGCUACUCUCCCUUUGUACGCCGCGUCAUGUACCUGGAAGACUUCUACGUACAGCCCUCUCACAGAGGUCGAGGUAUUGGAACGUCUCUCAUGAAGGGAGUAGCAAAGAUCGGCGUGGAGAAUAACUGUAACAAGAUGCAGUGGGUCUGUCUGAACUGGAACGACAUCGCCGUCAAGUUUUAUAAGAAACACGGCGGCAAGGAUGUCACUGUUGAUGAGAACUGGCACCUCUUUAGGAUGGACCGAGACCAACUCACAGCAUUUGCUGGGAUGUAGAAAGGGAUGCUUUUGCUGCUACAGAUACAUCCACUACUAUACAUGUAUGUGUGUGUGUCACGGUGUGUGUGUGUGUGUGUGUGUG